GACAAUGAAAAGCAAAAACAAAAACAAGUUUGGAGACACAAAUCUCUAGGUGGAGAAUGGAAGUGGGAUGGUGAGGUUGUAGGCCCGCCUUUCUUGACCUCUCUGUCUCUUUCUCUCUUUCUAUUUGAGUUCAUAUUAUAUAGUCUGUUCUUUUGAUGGUAUUUGUCUGUGUGUAAAUUACCAAGCUUUGGCGAAGAAGACCAAAGAGUCUAAAGAAAAAGAGAGAGAGAAGCUUCAAAGGUGGUGAAUUUUGGGUGUGCAUUUGGGCAAAUUUGUGGAAGAGAUAGGUAGAAGAAAUGGGGAUCGUUUCUCAUGAAGCGAUCAACCAGUUCCAAGCACUAAUAGAUCCAGUUGAGGAGCCAUUGAAGAGAACAUUUCAGAAUGUUCAUCAAGGAAAUUUAACUGAAACUCUGGUGCGUUUCCUGAAAGCAAGGGAUGGGAAUGUUGCCAAAGCCCAUAAAAUGUUGGUGGAUUGUUUAAACUGGAGGGUACAGAAUGAGAUUGACAACAUCUUAGCAAAACCCAUAGUUCCUGCUGAACUUUACAGAGCAGUGCGUAAUUCACAUCUCAUAGGAGUGUCAGGUUACUCAAGAGAGGGACUGCCUGUCUUUGCAGUGGGUCUUGCGCUCAGCACGUUUGAUAAAGCUUCUGUAAACUACUAUGUGCAGUCACAUAUUCAAAUGAAUGAAUAUAGGGACCGCGUACUUUUGCCUUCUGCAUCUAAAAAAUAUGGGCGGCCUAUUACAACAUGUGUGAAAGUCUUGGACAUGACUGGCCUAAAGCUUUCAGCACUGAGCCAGAUAAAGUUAUUAACAAUUAUAUCAACCAUUGAUGACUUGAACUACCCAGAGAAGACGAAUACAUAUUACAUUGUAAAUGCCCCAUAUAUAUUUUCAGCUUGUUGGAAGGUUGUCAAGCCGCUAUUGCAGGAAAGGACUAGGAAAAAAGUUCAGGUCUUGCCAGGUAGUGGCGAAGAUGAGCUCUUGAAAAUAAUGGACUAUGCUUCUCUACCACAUUUCUGUAGAAAAGCAGGCUCUGGAUCAUCUCGACAUGCAGGAGAUGGAUAUGAAAAUUGCUUUUCCUUUGACCACCCCUUUCAUCAACAGCUCUACAACUACAUCAAGCAGCAAGCCUUGAUGCGUGAACCUGUUGGACCCAUAAAACAGGGUUCUUUUCAUGUGGAUGUGCCUGAGCCUGCUCUAGAAGGAACGGAAAUCGCUAAAACUCUAGUAUCCGAGUUUCACAAGUUUGGGAAUGGGAAUGGGAUGUCUGACUCGCUACAUAGGCUAAGGAUUGAUGAUAAAUGAAAUUAUGUAGCUCAAAAUCCUUAAUGAUUUGCAGUGAUAUGAAAAUCACUUGACGCCCGUUCAUUUUGUUGGAGCUGCCAGAGAAGGAACGUGGUCUUUCUUUUUGGUCCUACCGUUCUAGUUAUACCAUAAAAUGAAUGUAACAGUAAUGGCUUAUAUUAUCCCUACAUGAAUUCAGAGGGAAAAGCUAAUAUGGUGUAUGUAACUUAACAAAUUGGUGGGAUUGUCAGUUUAAAGCUAUCCCCAGCCUAACAUGUAGCAGUGAAGCAGAUAAUUCACUUUUAGUCGCACAGAUUUAAGUUAAAUAUUAAAUAUUAAAUAUUAGUAGCACAGAGGAAUCUGUUUUAGCCAUUGGUGGUUUCUA